AUGAUCGGUGUUGACUAUGGUUCGAAAUGGGUUGUCGCACAAGCGGUAGAAGCGAACGACAGUGCUACGCUAGCACAGUUCGUGUUUGAAAAAAUAAUUAUGCCGUUUGGUGUGCUGAAGAAUCUGACGUCGGACAGAGGGUCCAACUUUAUGUCAGACAUGUUUGGUGAAUUGUCCGCCGUCAUGGGAAUUGCACACGUGCCGGUAGUUGCUUACCACAAUAUGGGAAACGGGUUAGCAGAGAAACGUGUGGGAGAAUUUAAGAAAGCAAUAUCUAAAUACAUAAACGAUGAGCAAACAGAUUGGGAUGUGUACCUCCCAGCUAUCUGUUUCGCCUUUAACACGAAGCCGGUAAAACGUAUUGGCGGUUUUACACCUGCGAAACUGAUGUAUGGUGAAGACUUGCGUUUACCGCAAGAUAACUUCAUUCCGAAGUAUGACGGCGACGAGGACUUUCCGAUUCCUGCGCAUUUGUUUAUUCAGCAUUUACAGCUGACAUUGUCAGAUGCACUGGAUCAGGUACGAGCGGAAGAAACGCAGCAGCGUCUGAAAGAUAAGAUCCGGUACGAUGCUAACGCACGAGAAGUUGAAUAUGCAAUUGGCGAUCAAGUCAUGGUGCGAGCUAUGGCGCGUACGAAAGGAAAGCAUAAGGCGUUUGAAGGCCUUUGGCGCACCGGAUAUGAGGUGAAGGCGAAACUGUCGAGUAUUCACUACAGAGUACAAUGCAACAAAAGGGGAGCAGUGAAACUGGAUGUAGUGCACGUAUCGCAGAUGCGACCGUAUAAUAUGCGAAAACCGGAUGAGCCGGAGCUGACUGAUAUGGAAGAUAUGAGCGCAAGUCAUAAGCCGCUUAAGCCCGUAGAAAAAGAACUCGAAGACGAGAUUGAGGAGUUUCCUGUUAGGCCAGAGUUGCCAGAACCGGAAGUCGAGGAUGUUCCCGUCGUUCCUGUGAGAACGAGAUAUGGAAGAAAAGUGAAACAGCCGGACAGGCUAAUUAAUAAACAGUAA